AAUUUCUAUUUUCAUUUUAAUUCCUAACGAAUUUUGGUUUCGGUGGGCCAACUACCUCCCAAAAUAGUAGGAAAAAUCUAAGACGCAUUUUAUCGAACACCUUUGCCGCAGUAAUAGUAAUUCCCAAUUACCAUGAACACAAAAUCACCAUGGGCUAAUGCUCAAGGAAAGCGGCCUUUCCAUGCCGCGAUGGGUCGUUUUAGUGCUUCUGUCUUCUUCCACACCGCUCGAUUAAUUUGAUGAAUCUAUGUGUCUCGACAACACAUAGUACUCUCCGCCUUUCUUGGAGAACAGAGAGAGAGGGAGAGUGGGUGGGGGAGAGAUCUGUAAUGGCUCAGGCGCUUUUCCAAUCACCUUCUAUGGAUCUCUCCAACAAUUCAUCUAAAGCAUCUGAUAUAUUUGGUUCCCAGCUGAGAUCUCUGGAAAUUGAGCAGACCCAGUUGAGGUUUUUGGAUUCUUCUAAAAAUCCCACUGUGCGAUUGAAGGCCUUAAUGGAGUCCCCGGGCCUAGCUCAGGAUACCGUGGAGAACAAGCCGAAAGUCAUGAGGGUGGGCAAAGAAGUGUCAGAUCAUUUCAAGGAGUUGAAACACAGAUUCCUUAGUUUCAAAAAAGAUAAAUACUUAAGCAACUUAGAACACUACAAAGGGCUGGCCGAGGCCCAGGCACCAAAGUUCAUGGUGAUUGCUUGUGCUGAUUCGCGAGUCUGUCCUUCGAGUAUCCUUGGUUUCCAACCAGGAGAAGCAUUUGUGGUUCGGAAUGUGGCAAACUUGGUACCGCCACACGGGCAUGGACCUACGGAAACAAAUGCUGCCCUUGAAUUUGCUGUUAAUUCUCUUGAAGUCGAAAAUUUACUAGUCAUUGGUCACAGCUGUUGUGGAGGAAUCAAAGCACUAAUGAGCUUGCAAGAUGAAGUAAUUUCGAGUAGCUUCACCAAAAGCUGGGUGGUUCUUGGAAAGCCCGCGAGGUUGCAAACAGAGGCUGCUGCUUCAGACCUCAGCUUUGAUCAGCAGUGCAGGCACUGUGAGAAGGAAUCAAUUAACCGGUCGUUGAUGAACUUACUCACUUAUCCAUGGAUUGAAGAACGGGUGAUAAGGGGGAAGCUUUCAAUCCAUGGCGGCUACUAUGACUUCACUGACUGUACGUUUGAGAAGUGGACCCUCGACUACAAGGGUAGUACCAUGAAAUCCGACAGCUCGUGCUCUAUCAAAAACCGAGAAUUCUGGGCCUAAGUUUGCUCUUAUAGGUUAUCUUUCGCAAGCUGUGUGUGGGGGGCUAUAUGUACAAUUACGAAUAAUUAGAAGAACUCUCCAAAUAAAACUCCUAAGUUAAUGUAUCACAUGCCUUUGAGGAAGCUCCGAUUGUGGGCAAGUUGGCGUUGAAGCGUUACUUAAAGUCGAGGUUUUAGUCGACCAAGGGCCCGUUAGUAACUCCCUAUCUUUAUAUUGUUUGCUCUUGGCUUGUUGAACUCUAGUUACAUUGUUUCUGGCAUUUGAGACUACAGCCUAAUUAAUAGUUGUAACUAUUGAUCA